AUGGCAUCACGUCUGGCUGGCAAGCAUGCAGCCAUCAUCGGCGCGACGGGUUCCAUCGGCUCCAGCAUCGCCAAAGCAUUCGCGCAACAGGGCGCCGUGCUCUCUCUGCUCGGGAGGACAGCCCUUGACGCACAGCGGACACUAGGCCCUCAGCUUACGCCCUAUCAGCCCUCGGCUGGCGACUCAUCCAAGGCACCUACCGAGCACCGGUUCAUCAAGCUCGACGUCACAUCGUCAGCCGAUCUCAAGAGACUCUUCUCGUCCCGUAAGGCAACUGAUGAUGCCGUUGGCGCGGUGGAUAUCCUGGUCAACUGUGCAGGCAUCACGCAGACCACCAUCUUGAAGCGUACCCACGAUGAAGACGUGGAGAAGGUCAUGGAUACGAAUCUGACCUCGGCUAUACUUGCGUGCAAAUACGCCCAAAUGAAUGACAAAGGCUGUAUCCUCAACGUUUCCAGCCUGAUGGCGACGCGUCCUGCCGUCGGAGCUGCCGUCUACACUGCCGCCAAGGCGGGCAUGAUUGGGCUCACUAGCGCCCUGUCUCUAGAACUCGCCCCGCGAUCAGUUCGCGUAAAUGCCCUCUUGCCAGGCUGGGUAGAAAGUCCAAUGUGGAAUAGUAUGUACGCCUUUUUCUCCUUUCCCUGGUCAUCCGAAUUCAAAUCAUCGAUCCCCUGGUUCGCCGCGCAUCUCUCGUAA